AUGUCGUCAGAAGGGACCAGUCCCUGGAAAAGGACAUCGCCUUUGAUCACUCCAAGGACUGAGGCCGCCAUCAACAGUGUCAGUAAUAGUUUGGAAAACGCAUUGCAUACAUCAGCACAUUCCACUGAGGAGUCGCUCCCCAAGAGGCCUUUAGGAAAACACUCCAAAGUGAGUGUUGAAAAGAUAGACCUGAAGGGAUUAUCACACAAAAAAAGUGAAAGAAAUGUUGAAUGUUCCUUUGAGGUCUUGUGGUCUGAUUCUUCAAUCACAUCAGUAACCAAAUCUUCCUGUGAAGUGACUGAAUUUAUUUCAAAGCUCUCUCAGCUGCACCCUGAAGAAAAUCUGGAGAAAUUCAUUCCUUGCUUAGCUGGCUCGGAUGCAUUUUAUGUAGAGCGAAGCCACAUGGAUCUGGAGGCAGACCUGAGGUACUUGGCUUCAGUACCUUCUCAUGUAUUAAAAAAUGACCAUGUUAAGAAAUUUUUCAGCACUUCAUCUCCCACCCAACAGCUUCAAAGUCCAAGUCCUGGCAACCCCUCCCUUUCUAAAGUAGGUACCGUGAUGGGCAUGUCUGGAAGGCCCGUGUGUGGAGUGGCCGGCAUCCCCUCUCCACAGAGCAGCGCCCAGCACCAUGUGCCGCACUCCACCAGUGCAACUGCCACCCUGCCCCACUGCACCCACCCCGCAGGCACCAGCUCGGCACUGACCUACCGAGCCCAGAUGGACACCUCGCCCACCAUCCUGAUGUCUUCCAGUCUGCAGAGUCCUCAGACCCAGGAGCAAAAUGGGAUUUUAGACUGGCUCAGGAAACUACGUUUGCACAAGUAUUACCCCGUCUUCAAGCAGCUCACAAUGGAGAAGUUCCUGAGCCUCACUGAAGAAGAUCUAAACAAGUUUGAGUCCCUCACCAUGGGAGCGAAGAAAAAGCUCAAGACCCAACUGGAGCUGGAGAAGGAGAAGUCGGAGAAGCGAUGCCUGAACCCCUCAGGCCCACCCUCGGUCACCAGCAGCGGUGUGGCGCGUGUGCCCCCCACCAGCCACGUCGGGCCCCUGCAGUCCGUACGUGGCACCCACGCUGCAGAGCUGCGGGUGGAGGUGGAGCCCCCAGCCCACCAGCUUCCCCGGGAAGGCAGCUCCUCGGAGUACUCCAGCUCCUCGUCCAGCCCAAUGGGGGUGCAGGCCCGGGAGGAGAGCUCGGACAGCGCUGAGGAGAACGACAGACGUGCUGAGCUGCACCAGGAGGCUGCCGAGAAGGAGAAGCCGGUGAUGCUGCUGAACCACUUCCCCUCGAGCGCAGCCCGGCCCACGGCCCAGGUCCUCCCUGUGCAGAACGAGGCGGGCUCCAGUGCAGCGGCCCAUCACGGCCUGCCUCCACCCAUGAUGCCUGCAGCCUCCCACCUGGCCCCCAUGCGGCUGCUGAGCUCCGUCCACAAGGCCGAGCGCAACGCCACUGACGUGAAGCUGCUCUCGGCAUCCAUGCACUCGCUUUUGUCUCUGGAGGAAAGGGGCAAAGUCUCUGGACCAAGGGGUGGCAUCAAGGUGGACAAGGGCUUUGGGAACACCCUGAUGGACGUGCUGCCCGCGCCCACACCCCACCAGCCCGUGCAAGUCCUCGCUGCCGUCCCUGAGGGCAGCUCCCUGUCCCCCUCCAUCUCCUUUGGUCCCCGGGCCAAAGUGGUGCCCACCUCAGCGCUGGAGCGGGUGAUGAAGACGGCCCCGCAGCCCAGCCUGGCAGUGGACACGAACCCGGCGGCCUCGGGUGCCUCAGGCCCCGUCUUCCAGGCGGCUCGGCCGCCCCUCAAGCUCCUGGUGUCCUCAUCUGUGCCUGCGGACUCGGCCGCCGCCGGGCAGACCUCCUGCUCCCAUAGUGUGCAAAUGAGCGUGCCCCCUGCACUAAUCAAGCCGCGGACUGCCCUGUACACAACCAGCACCACAGUCGCCUUCUCCGCGCUCAGCAGCGGGUCCGGGGCUCCCUCGCAGGGCAGCAAUCCCCCCUCUUCCAGUAGCCACCCAUCCAUGGCGAAUCUGAGCAGCUGCCCAGCCCCCAGCCCCAGCCCCACGCUUCCCUCCGUUCCUGAGAACAGCUUCUACGCGGGCAGCAGCUCCACAGGAAGCCUGGCUGCUGCUGGUCAAAACCCACAUCCCCACCCCCACCACCACCAUCAGCAGCCGCCGCCCGCGCCCCCACCUGGCUGCAUCGUCUGCACAUCCUGCGGGUGCAGCGGGAGCUGCGGGUCGAGCGGUCUGACGGUCAGCUACGCCAACUACUUCCAGCACCCGUUUUCCGGGCCGUCCAUGUUUACGUUCCCCUUCCUGCCCUUCAGCCCCAUGUGCAGCAGUGGCUACGUGGGCGCCCAGCAGUACAGCGGGGGCGCCGCCUUUCCGGUCGUCCACUCCCCAUACAGCAGCAGCCUGGCUGCAGACUCCGUGCUGGGUGGCCCGUCCACAUUUGCCGUGCCCCCGAUGCAGAACUUCAUGGCGGGCUCGGCCGGCGUCUACCAGGCCCAGGGGCUGCUAGGCAGUAGCAACGGAUCCAGUCACAAGAAAAGUGGAAACCUCUCCUGUUACAAUUGCGGGGCCACUGGCCACCGCGCCCAGGACUGCAAGCAGCCGUCUAUGGACUUCAACCGGCAAGGUACUUUCAGGUUGAAAUACGCCCCUCCAGCAGAAAGUCUGGACUCCACAGAUUGA